AUGCCUCCGUCUCCUCUGGUCUCCGUAGUGGGCACUGGACUUCAGUACCCCCAACACAAGCUUGGGCCGGAGUUUGUCCCUAAAAUAGUAACCAACUGCUACGAAGACAAUGUCGCCGUCCUACCGAUAGACUAUCCCAUAUGGCUCCAAGACUACAUCUUGACGAACUCCGAAUGUGAUAGUAUGUUCAAACAGUAUGGCAUCCCGCUAGCAACACUCGCGGCGACGCAAGCCAUCGCAGACUGGGGCGGCAAUGCGAUGGACAUCACCCACGUGGUUGCUAUGACCUGCACAAGUACGUCCAGCCCUGGGUUUGACUGCACACUCUGCCAGGAGCUAGGGCUUGCCAAGCAUGUUCGCCGGACAUUGGUGAAUGGAGUCACUUGCGCUGGCAGCGUGGCGAUGCUGCGUACAGCAUACGACCUUCUGCUUGGUGCGACACAACAAGGCAAGCCGGCCCGUGCUCUUGUGGUCGCUGCUGAAACCCCAACUGUUUAUAUCAAGGGUUGGUUGGACACUGUUGCAAGGGAUGCAAUACCUAAUCUUGCCCCGACCUUGUUCGGAGAUGGUGCCAGCGCACUGGUACUCAGCAAUGGGAUCGGUGUCAAGGAAAGUGAAAGAGCGGCUAUAUGGAAUAUCCAAGGUGCUCAGUCAACGCUUCUGGAUGAAGCAGGAAAUAUCGGGAUUCAGUGUACUCCUACAGGCCGCCUUGCCACCUUCAUUUGGGAACCUCAUUAG